CCUCACGUUCUCUCACCCCCGAUUUUGCAGACUCUGGUGAAAAGUUGCGGCUCAGCAUCAACGACUUCCUAACCCUCAACAGCACCCACCCCCGCCCAGUCGACCGCACCACGACGUCAAGAUGGCUACCGAGUUGACCGUCCAGUCCGAGAGGGCUUUCCAGAAGCAGAAGGGUAUCUUCCUUAACCAGAAGACCAAGGCGAAGUCUGCUCGCCCCGGCAAGAGCGGCCGCAGAUGGUACAAGGACGUUGGUCUGGGUUUCCGUACCCCCGCCACUGCCAUUGAGGGCUCCUACAUCGACAAGAAGUGCCCCUUCACCGGCCAGGUCUCUAUCCGCGGUCGUAUCCUUACCGGCACCGUCGUUUCCACCAAGAUGCACCGCACCCUCAUCAUCCGCAGAGAAUACCUUCACUACAUCCCCAAGUACGCCCGUUACGAGAAGCGCCACAAGAACCUCGCCGCCCACGUUUCCCCCGCUUUCCGUGUCGAGGAGGGUGAUCAGGUCACCGUUGGCCAGUGCAGACCCCUCAGCAAGACUGUCCGCUUCAACGUCCUGCGCGUCCUUCCCCGCACCGGCAAGGCUGUCAAGUCCUUCAGCAAGUUCUAAAUCGGCUCAUUGGCAUUUACGGCGUGACUGCGGUGUGGGUUCUUCAUUACAUACCGGAUGGGAGGUCAUCAGGGAAACUGCAUCCACAUGAUUGUGUUAUAGAUGCAGAAUCAGAGACCAAAAUGAAUUCGAUCAGCCAAGCCACGUGGUUGUGAUCUAGAGAUUCUUCUCUGGCUGUCUUGGGCACACGAUGGGCUUGUGAUUUUUGCGGGAACGGAAAACUGCGAUACGCCUCGGGUCAAAUGAACGAAAAAAAAUGAUUAGGAUGGGUUGACUGUGCCACUGUAGACUCCUCGGUGAUCCAGUGACAUGCUGUUCCUGUGCCCCAUUCGACUCUGUCACAACGUCCCGUAUAACGACGGUCUUUUGGACCAAGACGUUGAGAGCUGUCAUAAAUGGAAGCCUCAGCUCGAUAAUGAUCACAAAACAAGUCCAUGUCCAAAUUAGUACCAGCACAUUUAUUCACGGAGUAAUGCCAAAUACGUAGAGGGAGACGC